AUGCAUGUUCAUCGGAGCCCAGCACAGGACCUCGAUCUGACCAACCUGGUUCAGAAGUGGUGGGACAUGGAGACUUUUGGAACAACACACUCCAAGGUGAAGCCUACAUCGCAUGAAGACCAAAGAGCUCUGAAAAUCCUUGAAGAAACGGUCGAGCUGGUGGACGGGCGUCUUGAAGCCCCACUGCUGUGGAAAGACGAUGACGUCUCGCUGCCGGAUAACCGUCUCGGUGCGCUCCGUCGACUCGAGCGAACCGAGAAAUCUCUCCAUAGAAGUCCAGAGACAAGAAAGAAAUACCAAGAAACUAUCGAAAGCUACGUGCAACUCGGUCACGCCCGAAAGCUCGAAGAAUCGGAAGUGUUGAAACCGAGCUCAAAACGCUGGUACCUGCCGCAUCAUGCGGUUCGCAAUCCAAACAAGCCGGACAAAAUACGGGUCGUAUUCGACGCGGCCGCCAAGUUCAGUGGCACGUCCCUGAACGACCACCUGUUGACUGGACCCGAUCUCCUGCAGGACCUACCUGGGCUGCUCAUUCGGUUUCGUGAGCGGCCAGUCGCAAUCGCAGGAGACAUCGACCAGAUGUUCCACCAGGUGCAAAUUCUACAGCGUGACCGACCAGCCCUCAGCUUCUUGUGGAGGGACAUGGAGCGGAACAGACCUCCUGACACGUAUGAAAUGAACAAAGCGAUAUUCGGAGCCAAAUGCUCACCAGCAAUCGCCAGUUUUGCACUGCAACUAGUCAUCAAGAACGGCUCUGAGCUUACGCUCUCUCGUGAUGAGGCCGCUGCAGUGGCAAGACAGUUCUAUAUGGACGAUUUCGUUACAUCAGAGAACUCCGUGGAGACGGCUAAAGUGAUGCUCCAUACUGUCGUCAAACUGGUCGCUGAAGGUGGAUUCAAGCUUCGGAAGUGGGUCAGCAAUUCACGAGAGGUGAUGGAGUCAGUAGCACCUGAAGACAGGGCUCAUGCCAAAACAGAUAUGUCCACGCCGCUGCCGUCCGAGCGUGUCCUUGGUAUAGCCUGGGAUCCAGAGACAGACAUGAUCGGUGUUCAUCGACCAGAAAAACGCACUGCCCCGCCUACCAAACGCGGAGUUCUAGCCACCACGGCAUCGAUCUUUGACCCACUCGGCCUGGUCGCACCGUUCACCCUUCGAGCGAAACUUCUCAUGCAAGAUGUCUGGAAACAGCAGCUGUCAUGGGACUCUGAGCUGAAUGAAAACGAUACACAUCGAUGGACGGCAUGGAAGAUGGAAGCUGAGCAGCUCUCCCGACUGAGGAUCCCCCGCUGUUUUGCUACGCCGGAGAGUGAAGUCGUUCGAAGAGAGCUCCAUAUCUUCAGCGACGCGUCGGAAGCGGCAUUCGGUGCCGUCGGCUACCUCAGGCAGAUCGACUCGACCGGCACAAUCGCCUGCUCGCUGGUGAUGAGUCGGACAAGAGUGGCACCGCUGAAAAUGCUGACCAUUGUGCGGUUAGAGCUGCAGGGCGCGGUUUUGGUCGCACGACUGCAUGACAGCAUACAGUCGGCCCUCACGAUUCAAGUGAACCAGACGUUCUACUGGACCGACAGUGAAGUAGUUCUCGGCUAUAUCAACAAUGAGGCUCGACGGUUCCAGACCUUCGUCGCAAACAGAGUAGCCGAGAUCAGAAGCCGAUCGGAACCAUAUCAGUGGAGGCAUGUCCCUGGUUCCCUGAACCCAGCAGACGAAUGCUCCAGAGGCCAGCCGCUUUCCGAGAUCGACUCUGACAGCCGGUGGUUCCGGGGUCCAAACUUUCUCUACAGACCGGAAAUUGAAUGGCCUUCUGCUCCCAAAACGGCCCAACCAAGUGCUAGCGAUCCUGAAGUCAAAACGGUGGGCUCCGUGACCGUUGGACAGUCAGUUCCGACACUGCUGGUCGACCCGGCUCGCCACUCGUCGUGGACCCGCUAUAGGCGUGUUACCGCCUGGGUAUUGCGCUUCGCCUGCAACUUCAUCGCCAGACACUCAGCUCAGUAUCGAGACUGUGGCAACAACGGACCACUGUCUGCAGAGGAGCUGCGACUCGCUGAAAUCCACAUCCUCAAAGCAACUCAGCAGGACGCAUUCAAGUCGGAAAUCGACCUGCUCUCUCGUGGGAAGUCGGUGUCUGUCAGUAGCACUCUGCUUCAGCUUACGCCGCUGCUGGAUUCAAGCGGAGUCAUUCGAGUUGGAGGACGGCUGCAAGCCAGGGUAUAUUGA